CUACCGACAAAAUACACUAUUCAAAGGGAGCAGCUAAUUUCUCAUUCAUCCCCCAUGAUGCAUUGCACUCCAGCAACGUUACGGUGAGUAGUAGCCGUUGGGACAUCUUUCCUUCAAGGCUCUUUGAGAUUUCCAAUUAAACCGUCGCUCCUCCUCGCUCGGCAUCCUUCGUAGUUUUUUUACUCUUAACGGAUAAAUUACAUCAAAUUAACGCUUUAAAACAGUUAUUUAGUCAUGUUUUUACUACGUAGCCUAUAUGUGAAGAGGAAAGCGACAUAAUCUGUCUGUUUUGUCUUUAAUGGGGCGUGGUUAAUCCCCCCUACCCACUCCUUCCUCUCGCACACAUAACUUUAGUAGAGAGCGCAGCGGGGCUCACUAAGCGCUGUGCCGACCCUCCCGAGAAGCAGCUAGCCAGCCCUCUCCCGGCGAAAGGAAAUGAAGAGGAGGCUACAUAAGAAAUACUUGGUUUUGAUCCUGGCGUACACAGGUUUACUUCUACUGGUCCCUUACGUGCUAGAUUACCGAGAUAAAUCCGUUCAAGACGCUAAACACGGACUGCCGCAGCAACAGCCCAGAUGCCCAGAUUUGGAGAACACGGUGGCGCUGCUGUGGGAUAAUAAUGGUUACAAAGUUAACGGCAGCGAGGCGACGGAGCACGCCGUCAACCGCAGCCAGUCUCGGAUACACAUCUACCUGCAUGCCACCUGGAGGACUGGCUCGUCGUUUUUGGGGGAGUUGUUCAACCAGCACCCCGAUGUUUUCUACCUGUACGAGCCGAUGUGGCACAUAUGGCAGGCUCUGUACCCGGGGGAUGCGGGCAGCCUGCAGGGCGCAGUGCGGGACAUGAUGAACGCGCUUUACCGCUGCGACUUCUCCGUCCUUAAACUUUACGCCGGCUCUCAAAACAUCACCACGUCGUUCAUAUUCGGCUGGAAAAUGAACAAGGUGAUAUGCUCGGAGCCGCUGUGUGAUGCGCACAAGCGGCACGAAAUCGGGCUGAUAAAAGAGGACCAGUGCGCUAAGUGCCAAAAGCGGGACAUCAGGGAGCUGGAGAAGGAGUGUAAAAAGUACCCAGUGAUGGUGAUCAAAGGAGUCCGCGUUUUGGACCUCAGCACGCUGGUUCCUUUGAUGAAAGACCCGGCGGUAAACCUCCAGAUCAUUCAGCUCUUCAGAGACCCGAGGGCCGUGCACAACUCCCGCUUGAAGUCCAAGCAGGCCCUAGUGAAGGAGAGCAUCCAGGUGCUCAGGAGUAAAAAGCAGAACGACAAGUACAAGCGGCUGCUGGUGCCGAGCAACAGGGUGAACCGGGCUGAGAGUUACGUCUCCAGUGCCAUGGAGCUCAUCUGUGACAACUGGCUCAGCGACAUGUUGCUGGUGAUGAACGCGCCUCCCUGGGUCAGGAGGAACUACCUUCGGAUCCGCUACGAGGAUCUGGUCCUGCAUCCUAUGGAGGAGCUCCAGAGGCUCUUCCACUUCUCCAAUCUGUCCAGCUUCCCUGCUCUGGAGAAGUUUGCGCUCAACAUGACGCACGGGCAGGGGUAUUCAUCGGACAGGCCCUUCCUGAUAUCAUCGAGGGAUGCAAAAGAGGCGAUAUACGCCUGGAGGGAGCGACUCAAUGUGGAGCAGAUAAAUCAAGUGGAGGCUUACUGCAGUGAAGUGAUGAGGCAGCUGGGGUACGAGAAGAACAACGUGGAUAAAACGACAUGAGGAUGGGCCAUGAGGAAUCAACGGAUUGAGGGGCCUGCUAUCCAACGUGAGGGCAAAAGGUGGAGUAACAAAACAAGCAGCUGGAAUGUGGUCCACUGGGAGCUUGUGAGCGUGGCUCUUGGGUUGUUUUCCUUCUGCUGAGGAGGGUCGAUGAACUGGAGAAAAUCCAAGUGGAAAGAGCAGCCAAUCAGACUGAUGAAACUGGGGGAAGGCAGCUUAUUUUUACAGUGUUACAUGCUUAACACCAGCGGGGUCCGUGCAGAUAGACAGAAUGUGGAGUAAACAAGACGAGGGAGAGGAGGCCGUUCCACUGGCCGGCCUCUAUCCUUGUGUCCUUUUAGUAGCACUAAUCCCUCCUCAAAUCCCCUGCAGGCGAGUGCCAUAAAAAGCCUGAGAUGGGUGCUUCUUGGGAGACGACUGCCAGGAUCCUGGGUGGCGGCAUCCGGUUCACCCUCACCUGCGUGGCUUAUCCGUCCGGCGUAAGAGUGGCGGUAAUCUUGAGCAUUACUGAUCCGUAACGGCAGUCGGCUCGCUAACAAUGCCAAUGUAGAGCUCUGAAAGAAGAAACUACAGUAUUUUCUAGAAAGAGGCCUGACUGAGGAACGAUUGUUCCACCCCCAGCCCCCUCAGGAAUCCAGACAGCUGCAGCGCCCCACUGACAAAACACUCACAUGGGUGUGAAAUUUUCUAAUAUCCCACGGACUUGUCUUGGAAAGCUGCCUCUGUCCUCUGCCAAUGAACUUUUUAGUACGUUUUCAUAAACACAACAGACGGUACUGAUUCAUACAUUGCUACUGUUUAUAGUUUUUGUCUAAAAUAUUUGUAAAAUGCUGUGACGUUCCUCUGGGUAAGGAUGUGUUGAGGAGGAGGGGCUUAAAAGUUUACCAGCAUCCACAUGUUCAACUUUAGAAGUUGGUUCUGUAAUAAUUGUUCUGGAUGGAAUACCUGAAGAAGUUCUCUUGCUAAAGAAAGAAAUAACUUUAAGAUUAACUGACCUCAAUAAAGAGUUAGUGAAAACUAGAGAAAAAGGAAAAUGUGUGUGAUUGCUGUGCACGUUGAUGCUGAUUGGAAGGGUAUUUAGAGGACGUUAGAACCACGUCACUGUAAAGGAACUACAAAGAGUUUUCUAAUUGGUUAUGAAACCAUCUCAAUUUAAUACUGAAAACCUUCAGCAAGAAUAGUGGCUAUUUCUACUAUAUAAUUAUUCUUAAAGGUGCAAUGUGUAAGAUACGGCCAUUCUUUUAGUUGAAAAUAUAAAAAAAACAUUAUCAACAGAAUGUAUUGGUAAGUAAGUAAGUAACAGUUUUUACAUUAUAUUAAAGACACAUAUGUAUUGUUUUAAUAAUAAAUAUAUAAAUGUAAAGAUAUUUACUGGAGUUAGCAUGCUAACCAGGUAGCCCUGGUCCGUCCUAUUCUGUAUUACCACCUGUCACCUCAAGAGGCGACAGUGAGUCACUGUCGCACCCAGUCUGCCCCCAGAGUGAACAAAAGGUAGAUGGAGCUACCAUAGUUACCAGCUUUACACCUAAAUUUAAAGUUAACCUACCCAUACCUGAACUGGGAUUCUGCGUUUGAAAAACUGUUGCAAUGGACGGAGAUCACAGACUCGUAGAGAGAGAGCGCACUCAAGCCCCACGCCCACCGGACUGUGAAAACAAUCCAUCUCUCUCCAUUAACUUUGUAUUGAAGGAGCCUCAUUGACAAUUCCAUCUGUUAGCAAACAACACAAACAUGUCUGGAAGCUGCUGUGUGGUGAAAUGCACUAUCAACAGGGUAAAUGACCCAUAACCAGUGGUGGAAAAAGUAUUGAGAUCCCUUACUUAUGUAAAAGUACUAAUACAACACUGUGAAAUUACUCCACUACAAGUAAAAGUCCUGCAUUCAAAACUUACUGAAGUAAAAGUACAAAAGUAUCAGCAUCAAAAUGUACUUAAAGUAUCAAAAGGAAAAGUGCUCAUUAUGAAGAAUGGACCCACUCAGAUUGUUUUAAAUAUUCUAAAAAUAUUACUACAUUAUUUGUAUUGAUGCUCUUAUGUAAACAGUGUUUUAAUUUUGUAAAGAUAGGGCUCAUUUAUUACUUUAUAUAUGGAGUAAAAAGUACAAUAUUGGCCUAAAAAUUUAGUGGAGUAGAAGUAAAAAGAUGCAUAAAAUGAAAAUACUCAAGUGAAGUACCUCAAAAUUUUACUUAAACACAGUACUUGAGUCAAUGUACUAAGUUACUUUCCACCAAUGCCCAUAACUACGUUUUAAAAAUCUGACAAACUGAAAAACUGAAUUUUAAAGAGGAUAAAAGUGUAAACAGAUGUGAGACAUCAGCAGUUACAAUGAGGGAAACUGUGCAAUCCUGAAACUCAGAAUAUUAAACUUUACUUAUGUCUGCAGUGCAUUUUGUCACAAAGUCAUAUAUCCAAAGUCAGUUAUAGGCUAACUACAUUUCUGUAAAUUAAGCUAAAGCAUUUGACACUGUGUUACUUGUGUUGUAGUGAAAUGUGGAUAAUCCAGAAAGCUCUGCAGUAUUAAGCGCCUUAGCUUGCUAACACAUAGCUAACAUUAGCUUGCUAACAGCCAACUUGGUAGACGGAGCACUAAAAUAAUCACAUGAUAUGUUUAAAUCUAAUAGUUUAAGCUAUAAACAGACAUUUUGUUAGGGCUUCAGGCCAUGGUUGGUUAUUGCGGCACCUUGAGUCUUCCCCCUCCGGCAUGUUCUGAAGGGUACAAUGCGUUUGAAACGCAAUUUGAAAUGAGUUUGCAUACUGGCUGAGAUAAACAUCAAAAGGAUGCCUAGAGGGUUUUAUUUAUUUAAUUCAAAUAUAAAUAACUUGUAUCUAUAACAACACAGCAUUGU